CGACAGGGACCUGAAACCCUGUAACAUUUUUAUGGCGAACUAACGUUUUUAUAUCGCCGUCUCUUUGCAGCUUUUUCAUCAGUAUGUAACCCAGGGCUGUUUGUUAUCUUGGCGGUAGUGUUGCGAUCCACGUCCUCCCUUCCUCCCUGAGAGCUGCAUUGUUGAAAGCCAGUCCUGAGAAGAACAUGGAUGUGUGACUCGUUUAAACAGAGUUAGGAGAAACAAGAAAGAGACAUUGUGUCACUUGUUUCAGCUCAGAAACUGCCUGUGAUGAUGUCUGAGACAGAGGGGAAGGUAACUCCCUGUGCGGAGGAAAAACCAGAGCUCACAUUGGGGAGCAUGUCCGGUACUACCCAUCAGGUACCAAGUGGAGCCUCCAUGUCUCCACCGGUGUCUUCCGUCCAGCCUACCACCAUCGUAGCAACAGAGGAUGAGGAUGAGAGUGAAGAUGAAUCGGAUAUUCUGGAAGAGAGCCCUUGUGGCCGCUGGCAGAAACGUAGAGAGGAGGUGAACCAGCGUAAUGUCCCAGGGAUCGAUGCUGCAUACUUGGCUAUGGACACAGAAGAAGGAGUGGAAGUAGUUUGGAAUGAAGUUAAGAUUUCAGAGAGGAAAAAUUUCAAAACGCUGGAGGAGAAGGUAGAGUCUGUAUUUGAUAACCUGAUCCAUUUGGAACAUGCCAAUAUUGUCAAGUUUCACAAAUACUGGGCUGACAAAAAGGACAACGGGGCCAGGGUGAUUUUUAUUACUGAAUAUAUGUCAUCGGGAAGCUUGAAGCAGUUUCUGAAAAAGACAAAGAAGAAUCACAAGACCAUGAAUGAAAAGGCAUGGAAGAGAUGGUGCACGCAGAUCCUUUCAGCUCUGAGUUAUCUCCACUCUUGUGACCCCCCAAUCAUCCAUGGCAACCUGACCUGUGACACUGUCUUCAUUCAGCACAAUGGCCUCAUCAAGAUUGGAUCAGUUGCUCCAGACACCAUUAACAACCAUGUGAAGACGUGUCAUGAGGAACAGAAAAACUUGCACUUCUAUGCUCCAGAAUAUGGAGAUGAUGAUGUUACCACAGCUGCAGACAUCUACUCCUUUGGCAUGUGUGCCUUAGAGAUGGCACUAUUGGAGAUUCAGGGGAACGGAGAAUCCUCUUAUGUUUCUCAGGAGGCCAUCAACAAUGCCAUACAGUUACUGGAGGACCCAUUGCAGAGGGAGUUAAUCCAGAAGUGCCUGGAGUGUGAUCCUCGUGCCAGACCUACAGCCCGGGAGCUUCUUUUUAACCAGGCUCUUUUUGAAGUACCGCUCUUAAAACUGCUGGCUGCACACUGUAUUGUCAGUCAUCAGCACAUGAUUCCUGAAAAUGCGCUCGAGGAGAUUACCAAGAAACUGGACCCCAACCUAGUCCUCGCUGAGACAAAAGAGGAUGUUCAGCUCAAGCUUUCACAGUUUCCUGCUUUAGAGCUGGACAAAUUUCUGGAGGAUGUGAGGAAUGGCAUUUAUCCAAUGACUGCAUUCGGGCUGCCGUGUCCACAUCAGGCUCAGAAGGAGACCAUUAAAUCUCCUGUUGUCAUUCCUCUGGUCAAAUCCCCAACGCCUGAACCAGCAGAGCUUGAGACACGGAAGAUCAUCCAGAUGCAGUGUAGCUUUGAUGCUAUCGAAGAGGGAGCAAAGUAUCAUCUAACAUUACUGUUGAAAAUGGAGGAUAAACUGAAUAGACAUCUAAGCUGUGACAUGUUACCUUAUGAGAACGUUCAAGAGUUGUCCAGAGAGCUGGUGCAGCUGGGCCUGAUCAGUGAGUAGAAUCUAACAUCUGUUGACAAUCAGCAAAAUGGUAACUUCACUGGACAUGGAGGGAUCCACAGCAAGAAAACAAGUUACACCAUACCAGGUUCUUCUCAUUAGGCCCCUCUUUAUAUGAUAGAACAUUCCCACCUCUUUGACUUUUAUUUGUUAGACCAGCCAAGUGCCUGUUGGGUUAAAUGUGUGGAAUAGUUUGAAAACUGGAUCAGAGACUCGCGCUCUUUGACUUGAUAGUUUAAAAAAAAAAUGUGAUUUAAAAGGCCUUCGAUACACAACUAAAUGUAUGUACAUUUCACAUUUUGAGAAGUCAUCUUUCCCCUUUUCUCUGGAAGAUGAUCACUUUGUUACUUUGAAGUACUGUGAACUCAGUGUUACUGAAUUUCUGUUUAUUUUUUAUGUUUUUGCUUUAGUGUUGGCACUCUUGCCUUGAAUUCCUCUUUUCAUAUUGUUUUUAUGUUAUCUAGUUUUACCAUUUGCUGCUUGUUGUGUUCACACAUGCUACUCUUGAGUCAUUCAGAGAGACUUGUGUGCUGAACUCAGCUGCCAUAUCUUGUAGAGAGAUGACCUAGGCUUUUCUUUGUGUGUUUCAUACAUGUCAAAUCCAUAUAUCGUGUUUUUUUUUUUUUUCUUCUUCUUCUUGUUUACAGCAACAGCACAGACACCGCAUUGAUAGUCUCAGCCAAUACACAACUUGUUUCCUUUUUUUUUUUUUUUUUUUCUUUGCUAACCUGCAAUUUUGAUAAAACGCAUACCUGUUGCAUUGAGCGCAGACACUUGGAUAAAAAUCUUUUACAUCAUUGCAGGUCGUGUUUAGACCUGUAUUGUGAUCAGGGAGUUCAUUGUGGCCUUUGUGACAUUCAGGCAGAAAACUCUUUGUGAACUAUUGGUACUGCUUUUAUUGGAAGCUCAAACUAUUUAGGGCCUUAAAUAGGUAGUAAAAAUGUUAGGAUUGAUAGAAAAACAACUGUUGCUUACAAUAGCUUCUGAUGUGCUGGUAUUUUUUAUUAAAGAUAUACUUUUAAGUAGCAGUCAAUUGAAGAGUUGUUUGCACUUUCAGACUAACAUUUAAUCUAAUGUUGGUUAUUGAGCUAUAAUAUUUAAACUGUACACCUCUGUUAAGAUCAUAAUUAACCAGUUAUUUUUUGUGGUCUUUGUCACCGAGUUCAGGCCGCUACUUUUCACCAACUUCUUUUGUACAUAAGUAGUCUCUUAUUGCAUUAUUUUCUACUGUCUGUAUGUGUGUUUGUGAACUGGCAAGAUUGUAUUUCCCAAAGAUUUGUUCUCAAGUCAGGCAGGAGAAUGUAAACGCACCACAUGUAGAAGUGGUUAAAAAUAACUAAUGUGAUCCCAUCAGUUUUAUACUGACUCUCUCUCCCAUGCACCUCUCGUUCUCUCUCAUACUUUUUGUACCUUUCCAGCCAGUUUGUGGGCAGUGAUGGAACUGGUUAUUAAAUUAUUGUACAGGGUGGGCAGCUUUAGCCUGUUACUCCAUGAUAUGAGCUUUUUGGUUAUAGUUUGAAAUUCUUACAUUGUGUAUCUCAAAGAAAACCCAUUCUUACAAAUAAA